UCGGUAAAGAGGGUGUAUAUAAUUUCAGUCACUAUAUUUUAAUCAUGGCACAUGCUUCCUCAUCUUCAUUCUUUCAUGAGCAACUUAAUAUUUUCAGGUGACUUAUAGUAAAACAAGUCAACGACUUUGAUCUCUCUAUCAACUUGGUGCUUUGAGAAAUCCAAAAGAUUUAAAAUGUUUUCAGGCAUGCUCAAUCGAGGAAACAAGAUACUAAAAUUACCAAAUAAUGUCCAAAAUAAACGACUGCCCGUUUUACUUGUAUCUCUACUCUUCAUUUCUGCUCUAUACUUGGUUUUGCAUCGAGAAAACGGAGAAAAAUCAGGUUCAUCAUCUGGGAUACUCAAAAAAAAUUGGGAUAGCUUUAGCUCUGUGGUUAAGUUAGACCCCACAGUUGAGUUCAGAAAUGGAACAGAUAUAAUAUGGCAAAUCCCGGAUUCUCCAAAGGCAAUUCUUUUUCUUGCACAUGGUUGUGAUGGUAAAGCAGCUAACUUUUGGGACAAAUCAACUAAGUGCCCGAAUUGUGUUGGUCUACCUGAAGAGAGACUUAUUACACUUAAUGCUUUAGCUAGGAAAUUUGCAGUUAUCGCGGUAUCAAGUGCUAAGCCAUGCUGGUCGUUCAAAGAGGAAAGACUUAUAGUUAAAGAUAUUAUUGAGUGGUGGAUCGCAAAACAAAAGCUUCAAAAUUUGCCUCGUGUUGCUUUGGGUGCUUCGUCUGGUGGAUAUUUUGUUUCGAUUCUUGCGACUGAUUUGAAGUUUAGUAGCAUUACGGUUAUGAUUAUCGAAGGAUUGUACGAUCAAAUGGAGAUUCCGGAGAGUUACCCGCCUACACUUUUUGUGCACAUGCCCAAAGAUAAAAGCAGGAUGCAGAAACUAGAACGAUUUAUGAUACUCCUAAAGGGGAAAGGUGUUGAUGUUGCGGAGGUCAAAUGUUUAGAGUUUCCUUUGUUUCCUAAUUUCUUUGCUGAUAGGAUUCCGCAUAUUGAUGUUGCUACCUCGGCGAAGUUGUUUAGUCUAUUCCGGGAAAAAGGUUUCGUUGAUAAGAACGGUUUCAUGACGAAUGACGGGCGUGAUAUUCGUUGGAACGAGACUCUCCAAGAGAAAGAGAUUAUUCUCCCAGAUAAGUCCUUAGUCAAUCACAUUCAAGAGGAAAUGAAUCUAGCAUUUGCUUUUCAUGAAAUGACUAGCUUGCAGUCUGAGCAAAUCUUCAACUGGUUCGAGACUCAUUUGAGCUAAUCAGGACGAAAUUUCCUCCAAAUGCAUGGGAAGAAUGCCACUCCGCUCUGCUUUCAACAACUGACAAAGGACCUAAUAAUGUUGUUUGGGCCUUGGUGGAUAGAGUUAUGUGGUACCUGUGCUGGUAGGAGGUAAAAGGUACCACAUGGAAUUAGUCGAGGUGCUUGCAAGCUAGUGUAGACACUACGGUUAUUAAAAAAAGAAUAAUAUUAUUUGGUGCUAAUAAUAUGUUGACCACGUCCAAUCCACAUCCUGUGUUUGCAUUGUGAUGUAAAACAAUGUGUAGACAUUCAUACUGUUUGGCUGUUGAGUGUCCAUUUAAUAUUGAUGGACCAUGAUGCAUCUAAUUUAGUAGGUGCAGUUGUACU